CUGCAGUGCAACUAGCUCGACUAACUCAUCAGAGACGGUCUGCCAGGACACCCGAACUUCACACGCCAGACGACUUCUAGCACACAGCCUGCUUGCAGAAAUGUAUCGCUAUAACUUCAGGGAUGAAAAUACUAGAAGGCCUGCUGCGACUUCGGCUGCGACUUCCACUGCGACUUCGGCUGCAACUUCCACUGCGACUUCGGAAGCAAAUUCAGGUUCAGACUCGCUUCUGAAAGUUCAAUCUGUCAACCUCCUGAAAUCCAAGGGUGGGCAGAACCGACGUGAGCAUCACACAGAUGCUUUCUUUAGCGACAAUCUGAUCAUCCGCAGAGGACAGACCUUCUACAUGGCGAUCGAGUUCUCGAGACCUUUCAACCCAAAAAGUGACAAACUGGCACUGCAGCUGAUGUUAGAGCCCAUCUUCAGCAGGAAUAUUGGGAUUAACAUCUCAGUCCCGUUGGUGAAUUCACUGGAAGACGGCGUCUGGCAGAUGAAGAUCGUAGAGCAGAAAGACAAUCAAAUCCAUGUGGCGGUCAACACUCUUGCCACCGCCUCCAUCGGCCGCUACAAGGUGACCGUGGAGUCUUUCUCACCAAAGGGCAAGCUGCAGUUCCCCUGCACCCCGGACGACAUAUACAUGCUCUUCAACCCCUGGUGUAAAGGUGAUCCCGUGUAUCUGGUUAAUGAAGCGGAAAGGCAAGAAUAUGUUCUGAAUAGCAUGGGCAGAAUUUACUAUGGAACUGAGAAGCAAAUCGGAGAAAGAACAUGGAACUUUGCCCAGUUUGAAAAGGAUGUCCUGGAAGCAUGUCUGUUCCUUUUGGAGAAAGGUCAGGUCGCUAUGGCCGAAUGGAGAGAUCCAGUGAUUGUGUCCAGAAUGGUAUCUGCUCUGGUGAACUCCAACGAUGACUCCGGUGUUCUGAUGGGUAAUUGGAAAGAGAGCCAUGCAGGUGGGACGGCUCCCACUGCUUGGAGCGGGAGCGGCGACAUCCUGAGACAGUAUUACAAAUCUUCAGGGAAGCCUGUCAAAUUCGCCCAGUGCUGGGUCUAUGCAGGAGUCACCAAUACCGUGUUGAGAUGUCUUGGUAUUCCCACUCGUUGUGUGACCAACUUUAACUCCGCUCACGACACGGACCAUUCCUUGACCACAGACAUUUAUAUUGAUGAGAAAAUGGAAGUCAUCAAAGACAAGACCAGCGACUCCGUCUGGAACUUCCAUGUGUGGAACGAGUCCUGGAUGACCCGUCCUGACUUGCCUGCAGGUUACGGUGGGUGGCAGGUUGUUGAUGCGACCCCUCAGGAGCCCAGCCAGGGUUCGUACCGCUGUGGUCCCACCUCCGUCGCUGCCGUCCGCAACGGACAAGUUGAAUUGAAGUUCGACACUCCGUUUGUCUUUGCCGAAGUGAACAGUGAUAAAAUCUACUGGCAGAGGAAAUCCGAUGGAAGUUUCAGUCAGGUUGGAAUGGAGAAGAACACCAUCGGUCUGAACAUCAGUACUAAAGCUGUGGGAUCUGAGUCGCGUGUGGACAUCACAGACAAUUACAAAUUCCGAGAAGGUUCAGCAGAGGAGCGUGCUGCUGUGGAAAGGGCCAGUCGCUUCGGCUCCAAACCAACUUUGUAUCCUUCAUCCAGCGGCAAUGACGUGAGCGUUGAGAUCACAAUGGAUGGGUCAGGACCUCGUAUCGGAGGAGAUGCUAGACUUGCCAUCGUCCUGAAAAACAAAAGCUCAAGUCAGCGCACGGUCAGUCUGCUGUGUGAGGUGAUUGUCAGGUACUACACCGGAGAGCUGAAAGCCACUUUGAAGAAGGAGAACAUUUCUGUCAAUCUCGGAGCACAAGAGACCAAGACAAUUCCUUGGAGUCUGCAGUAUAAAGAGUACAUGAACCAUCUGGUGGAGCAGGGUGCUCUGUUGCUUGUGGUCACCGGACAGGUCAAAGAGACCCAACAGAUUCUGGCCACACAGUUCAACUUCAGACUGCGCACACCAGACCUCAUCAUCACUCCUCAAGGACAAGCUGUGGUGGGUAGAGAGUUAAUAGUCAAGAUCAUGUUCCAGAACCCGCUGUCAGAAGUGUUGAGGAAUGUUACGUUCCGUAUUGAGGGACUGGGAAUGCAGAGCGUCAGGAAGAUUGCGUAUGGUGAUGUAGAUAAGCUUGAGACAAUUACACUGAUGGAGAAGUUUAUCCCCACCGUCGCCGGUCCUCAAAAGCUUCUGGCAUCAUUGGACUGCCCUCAGCUUACUCAAGUGCACGGAUUCGCUGAUAUUGUGGUCAGACCAAACUAA